GAGUCAGUAUAAUUUACAUUUGCAUGCCAUCUGUUUCUGUGGUCUGCGGAUGCGUGUAUGUAUGUAUGCAAGUGUAACCUCAUGUUUGGAAAAAUUCCGAGUUGAAAUAUUUGUAGCAUUAGCAUGAGUACGUAUACACCUAAAUUAUUCCAAUUUUGAAGGACGAGAUGUUUCCAGAACAUUAUGGUGCUUCCAAAUAAGAAAUUUUGUCAUAGAUGAGAGAGAGUCAGUUUGACAGUGCUGAGAAUACAACUCUGGCUACAAAAGAGAGAGGAUGUAUUGCCUACAGUGGUUGAUUCCAGUGCUGCUGAUACCGAAACCAGUAAAUCCAGCACUAUUACAAACGCAUGUCAUGUUCAUGGCACUUUAUCUAAUUGGAUUCUUCCUAGAACGUAAACCAUGCACCGUUUGUAGUUUAGUAUUUCUCGUCGCUGUUUUCCUAAUUUGUUACAGCGGCAUUGGUAAUUGUCUCCUUUGGAGCACAAAUUGUGAUACAGUCAGAUGCGACAAUAGCUAAUCAUGUUGGAACAAUCAUCUUUACAAUGAUAAUGAUUGCCUCCUGUUUUAUUGCCAUUAUAACAAUAUGUCAAAAUUAAUUUAUUGUUCUGUAUACAACACAUUAAUAAAAUUCAUAUGUAUUGUAGAUACAUAUAAUAUGAAUCUUAUUAAUUAAUUACGUAGAAUUAUGAUCUUGUGGUUUUUAUAGUUUUCAGUAAUAUUGCGUAUGUAUUUAUACAUGUACACGAGUGUACCUAUGCCCAUAUAUAUAUGCUUAAGGUUACUUAAAUCUGUAUACAUAAAACAUUUAAAUGUAAACUUGCUAGGCCACAAAAGAUUUGCAUGAAACUGAAAAACUUCCAAAUGUCAAAUUAUGACACAUGUUGCAAAGAUACGAUUUUU